ACAAAUAGUUCAAAGGUGACGAACACAAUGAUGGUGAGUCGAAUUUUAAAUAAUACGCACUAAUGCAUGUAGUGAAAUUAGUUUACAAUAAGUCAUGUCAAUCCAAAACAAAACAACUUUUAAAUACUGCCUCCAUCUCAAACUAUAGGAUAUUUUCCAUUUUUAUUUAUUGAGUGAGAGUUUUACACGGAGUUUCUAUGUUAUUUUAUCUCUAGAGUGCUAGUAUUAGCAUUAGAUACAAAAAUUGAUUAAUCAUUACAAGAAUCCACCAACCACUCAACUCUCACCAACAAAUUUCUCCGGCAAUGAGUUUCACCGGCGACAGCGGCGAAGUUUGCCACGUUUUAGCCAUGCCGUUUCCAGGAAGAGGACACAUCAACCCGAUGCUAAGCUUCUGUAAGAUCCUAGCAUCACGAAGACCAAGCGAGAUUCUCAUAACCUUCGUAAUCACCGAAGAGUGGCUCGGUUAUAUCGGCGCCGAUCCAAAGCCGGAAGCCAUCCGCUUCGCUACUAUUCCUAACGUGAUUCCAUCGGAGCGCGAGAAAGCAGGUGAUUUUCCAGGUUUCUAUGAAGCCGUCAUGACGAAGAUGGAAGAGCCGUUUGAGCGGCUUCUUGAUCAGCUUGUACCGCCGGUGGAUGUGAUUGUUGGCGACGUUGAGCUGCGGUGGCCUGUUGCUGUUGCUAAUCGGAGGAAUAUUCCGGUGGCUGCGUUUUGGACGAUGUCGGCGUCGUUUUACUCUAUGUUACAUCACCUUGAUGUCUUCUCACGUGACCGACACUUAACAAUUGGUACACUUGGUGAAAAAACAGAGAACAUUCCAGGAAUUUCUUCACUUUAUGUGAAAGAUCUUCUAGCUGUUCUUCACAAAACUGAUGAUCGAGCAAUGCAGCUUGCAUUAGAUUGCAUAUCUAUGGCAUCCAAAGCAAAUUAUCUUCUGUUAACCACGGUUCAAGAAUUAGAGGCUGAAACAAUUGAUACUCUUAAACAUAUAUUCUCCUUUCCCAUAUACCCUAUUGGUCCUGCAAUACCCUAUUUAGAACUCGAAGAAAAUACUUUGAAAAACACAGAUCAUAGCCACGACUAUAUAAAAUGGCUAGAUUCUCAACCAGAUGAAUCAGUAUUAUACAUUUCUUUAGGUAGUUUCCUUUCGGUAUCCAAUGCUCAAAUGGACGAAAUUGUUGAAGCGCUAAAUAAUACUGGAAUUCCAUACUUAUAUGUUGCUCGCGGCGAAGCUUCGCGAUUAAAAGACAAGUGUGGAGAUAAAGGCAUGGUGAUACCAUGGUGUGAUCAACUAAGGGUAUUGUCACAUUCUUCUAUAGGUGGAUUUUGGAGCCAUUGUGGAUGGAAUUCAAUUUUGGAAACUCUUUUUGUUGGGGUACCAAUUUUGACAUUUCCACUUUUCUUGGAUCAAGUUCCUAAUAGUAGUCAAAUUGUUGAUGAAUGGAAAAAUGGGUGGAAGAUAGAGGUAUCACCAUUGUUAGAGAAUGAAGUAGUUCUUGCAAAAGAAGAUAUAGAAGUGCUUGUUAAGAGGUUUAUGGAUCUUGAAAGCCAAGAGGGAAAGAAAAUUAGAGAUAGAGCAAAAGAACUUAAGGUUAUGUGUCAUAAAGCUAUCGGCAAAGGUGGAUCUUCAGAUAAGAACCUCCAAGCAUUUUUUAGUGACAUUUCAUUUCAAAGGGACUAAUACUAUUUUAGUCUAAUGCAAGUGGUUGAUGUACAAAUUUGAAAAAUCCAUAUUACCGAGCUUGAUUUCUUACUACUAUAUAUAUAUAUAAUGAAUUCAAAGUUGCUUAUGUGUUAAGUAGGUUUGGUUGAGUUAUAGAAAUAAGCAAAUGAGUUAAUAGAGUAAUGGAUAUUGUAAUUGAAUGGAAGGAUCGAUGAUCAUGGGCUACAUUAUGUAUGUUUAUUGAAUAAUAUUGAAUAUCUGAACACUUUUUUUCUUUUAGAAGUAUGGAAUUACACCAUUGAUAAUGUCAUUCAAUAUAUUCAAGAUUGUUGAUGUGUUAA